CCUCUUCUCUCCAACCAUCAACAAAGCCAAUCUAGCUAACUUUUUUCAGAUGUACAUCACAGAAGUGAGAGUUCCAAGUUUGCCAAUAACCAUGAUUAGAGAAGCUCAAGCAAUAUUUUCACUACUGCUAAUGGCAGCAUGUGCGGUAACUGUGCUGGCAGAUGUGCCACCAUCACCACCACCCCUGACCCUGCCAAAGAUCCCGGGCCUAGUGCCACCAGGGAUCCCAAGCCUAUUGCCUCCAGGGUUCCCAGGCUUAUUACCUCCAGGGAUCCCAGGGCUACUGCCGCCAGGGAACCCGAGUGACAUAGCAAAGUGUUGGUCAUCACUUCAGAACGUUCCAGGGUGCGCAUGGGAAAUUUAUACCUCAAUCUCUACUGGUAAAUUUGUAGUAGACCCUGCUUGUUGCAAGGCCUUCCAAGCAAUUGACCAGAAUUGCUUGCUGAAAAUGUUCCCAUUAUUUCCUUCAUUUCCUCCAUUGAUCAAGAGCAACUGUGCUAAGUAAAUGCUGCUGCUCCUAAAGCAGGUAAGUCAAAGCAGUAGUAGGCAGUUGUGAGGACAAUUCUUGCAGGAAAUAAGUUGCUUUAGUGAUAGCCGUGCAUAGUUUUACCUUUGGUGCCACUUUUGUAGGCUUCAAA